AUGGCUACAACGAAGCAAGCCGGUCCCGGUAUGAUGACCGAUGAACAUCACCUCAACGUAAUGCUCAGCCGCCACAGAAGCGGCUUGAUCAUUGUUGGGGACAUUCACGUUACCGGAAUGCUUGAUGGAGCCAACGGGGAGGUCUCGUGGGUGAAUGCCACCGUUCUCCGCAGUGCACAACAAGCUCUAUGGGAGAGUAACCGGGUUAUCACGGUAUGA